CAGAAAUUAUCUGGUGUCGAUUUCAGUAAACCGACUCUUUAAACGAAGGACGGGGCUUUUAUUUUGAAGGCUGAAGUCUACGGUGAGUAAACACUACGGGGCUAACGACGGCAAGUAAGAUUGUGUACUCAUUUUCUUACACUCAUUAAACUUAUUAGCUUUGAAUGCAGUGGUUUCACUGUUUUGAAAGCAAUUAUUACCAUUAAGUGCGUUAAAGUGAUGGUGGGUAUCGUAUCGGAAAACAGCUUUGUAAAAGCUAGCUCGCUAACAGAUGUUAGUUUCAGAGCUCGGGUCACUUCAGGUGACACCUGAUCACUGAGAUUAACGGAAAGAACCCAGUCAACGGUUGAUAACUUCUCCACAUUACAUCAUUACAUUGUGACAUGAAAAAAAAUACUGAAACCAGCAACGUCUGCGUGCAACUGCGAAAACUGAACUUUGACCCACUUAACUGACGCUAACAGCUAGCUUGACUUGCUCACAGUGAAAUUUUGUUGUAAAUUCUUCCGAUUCACACGAAACCAAGUUGUUAUUCACCUUUCUGCUCUGCCCGUAUCCAAGUCUUGGACAGAAAUAUUGAAGGCAUUAUACGUGUAUACUUGCAUAUUUUACUUAUAGAUAAAAAAUGUAAAACUAAAUUUGCCGGUGAACAAUAAAAUGAUUGUUGACCUUCAAAUGUAUUUAUUGAAUUGAGUGUGAUGUGGUAUUCUCAGUCUUUCUGUUCAAUAUACUUAUAUUGUUAAGCAUUUUGUUGUAGAAAUGGGCCACAAAAAGGUUUGCCUAUUAGGGCUGGGAUGAUGUGCUUUUCUCCUGAUUCGAUUCUUCUACGAUUUUUUUUUAUGCCGAUUCGAUUUUAAUUGCGAUUGUAUGGUAUUGUCGAUUUUCUCGAUAUUCAAUCUGCAUUUCUAACACCAGUGAAACAGUUGAAUGAUUAUGAUUGUCUAGUGACUAUUCCAGGAACCAUAUUACCCCCCAAAAAAUACACAUCACAUGUAAGUCAGUUUUUAAGAUUUAUUCUUAAAUUUGAAAAAGAAAAAAAAUGAUUUUUGAACAUAACAAUCUAUUUAAAAAAUUGUAAAACAAAAAAUUACAAUACUUAUGUAAAUCGAUUUUUUCUCCCACCUAUUGUCUAGUCUUAAUUCAUAUCACACAGGGAUAGGGAAAGCGUAUUCUGCUAUAUAUAUUCAGCAACAAUACAUUUAAGAUGCAUUUGUCUUUCUGUCUUUGGACUUCAGGUCUUGAGCAAUGUCCGCGUACUCAGCUCUCCGGAACCAUCAUCUAGCUGGAAGCUGCUGCAGGGCAUUGUGUGGCGCUCCUCGGCCUCUCAUCCACAUCAGAUCGGCCAGUGUUGCUGAGCAUGGAACAAGGAGAUCUGAUGAAGAACCACUUUGGGAGGCAGGAGGCUUUCCACUGUUCUCUGGUUCCAAGAUAGGAUCUUUUUUUCAGGAGAAACCUGUGCUGAAAAACCCUUUUCUAGAAGAUGCCUUACUCAGAGCAUACCUGAGGAGACACCUGCCUGAGGAGGUGAGGAGAAAGAGCAGCUGUGUCUUCUUGCUUAAAUAUAGAAACAGAAAUUGUGGCUUAUUUCUGCGCCCUUAUUUGAGAAAAUCUUGCUGAAUUAGAUUUGGAAACUUAAGCAAACAAUCAUGUAAACAUAUGGUGUGAUGUAGAGUACCUAUUACAAUAUGAGACCAGAAGAUUUUUUCUGAUGAAGUACACUGUUAAGAAGCAUUUUGCUGCAGCUUGUGUCAAAUAUAUAUGUCACAUGACGGCUGAUAUCCUAAGCCUCUUUAUCACUCAUGCUUCAGAAAGAACUUCAUUUGAUUCAGAUUCAAAAGUUUGAAAUAUGAGAACAUUUCCAACAAAUACUUUUUAAAAUAAUAAACAGCACAUGACUACUUUAUCAAAAAAGUGGAAGUCUCUUUUAAUUUGACUUUGAAACAAUAAGUUGUCAUAAAUAUUAAAUACCAUUAGCUUAGCCAGUAAUGUCCCUCUGUUUGCUGGAGUUAAAAGAUUGAACUUUCUCUGUACAAAUGAAGAAGAAAAUCCAAAAGCUUUAAAAGGCAUCGUCCUCUCAUCACAGUUUUCAUCCCUGGCUUUUCAUGCCCUUAGAUGCCCUCCUUUUCUUAAUAAUCAGUAGCACAACAUGGACAAGAUUUAUCUGUUUCUUUCUAACAACUGUUGUCCUUUUUUCGAUGUGUUGUCCACAGUCAGUCUCCUCAGACUUGAGAGCAUUCGGGGAGCGUGUGGCAAAUGAGGUUGAUGGCUGGGGCCGUGAGUGCGAGGUUACUCCUCCUCGAUUGGUGCACUUUGACCCCUGGGGUCGCAGAGUGGAUCACAUCGUCACUUCCUCAGCUUGGAAACGCAUGAAAGACCUGUCUGCAGAGGAGGGACUUGUUGCCAUCGGAUAUGAGAGGGCGUAUGGGGAGUGGAGGUUUGGAUGCUGUUAAACUUCCUUUUCCACAUUUGAACUUUAUUUUUCUCUUCAACAAACUCUGUAACUGCUUCUGAGUGAACUUGUGUCCGUUUGUGUUUUUCCAGUCGUGUGUACCAAAUGAGCAAGUUGUUCAUCUUCUCUCCCUCCUCUGGCCUCUACACCUGUCCUCUGGCCAUGACAGAUGGAGCUGCUAAAGUCAUCCAGGUAUGUCAGGAAAAAAAUUAAACAUUGUGUUGUGAAUGUUUACCGUAGGUUCUUCAUCCAACUCCAAUGUAAUUGUAAAUAUUCUUGGUUUAACUGCAGUUGAAUUCACAUGCUUACAAGAAACUACGUUAUUUUAGUCUACGAAAGUAACCCACACUUAGAGUAAUAAACAAGAUUAUAUCGAGGGCCCUGAGGUUGAAAUAUUGGAGCCAGAUGAAGGGAAAGGCCUUUUGAGGCUAUUUGCAAAUGAAAAUCUAAAAUAGUCUACAGCUGAAAUAGAUUAGUGGGAUUUUUAAAGCUGAACAGUAAAGCUCAUACAAAUGCUCAUGGUUGGGAAAAAUAACAGUCAAAAAGAUCGUAUCAACUGAGAAUUCUUGAGCUUAGUCUAAUUCUUUUUUUAAGCCUGUAUGUACGUACAGUAUAUGUGUGUGCUGAUUUGCUUGUCUGCUCAAAGUCCAUAGGUGUUUCAUGGCCGGUAGAUGAAGCCUAUAGUCGUUUGACAACCCGUCAGCCAGAGCGAUUCUGGACAUCCGGACAGUGGAUGACAGAAAGACAGGGAGGAUCUGAUGUGGGUUGGUAGUGACUUGAACCAGCACCUACACUCACAGUUGCUACUCUGUUGAUUCUGUCGUGAAUCAACAGAGCAUUGAUUAAUGCACGAUGGCUUGUCUCUAAAUGCCUCAUUUCUCCAGCCAGCGGCACAGAGACUGUGGCAGUGUCCCAGUCAGAUGGUUCAUACAAACUUCACGGCUUCAAGUGGUUCACCUCUGCCACAGAUGCUGACAUGACUCUCACGUUGGCUAGAACACAGGACCAAACUGGAGCAACCACACCAGUACAGCUGACUUAUUUCACUCCUCUGACAUCAGCCAUUACUCCUGUUAAAAGAAACAUCAGAGUUUCAUCUGUAUGUGUGUGUUUGAUUCUGUGCUGCAGGGUAGCAGGGGUUUGUCUUUGUUCUACGCUGAGGUGUGCAGAGAUGAAGAUGGCCUGCUCAAAGGUAUAGAGGUUCAGAGACUGAAAGACAAGCUUGGCACGAGACAGAUGCCAACUGCUGAGCUGCUUUUGGACGGCUUGCCAGCACACAAGGUCAGUUACAUAACUUCAUUAAUCGCAUUAACAACAAACUAAAGGAUCCUACCCCAGCCUAUGCAAACACGAUUAGUGCUUUUGUUACAUUAAAGCCACACAGGUAAAGGUUCAAUUCAGUUUUUCAAAAUAAAGCUUCAUGCAGUGAGAAAACACAAAACUUCUCUGCAGUUAUUUGACCAAGCAGCACAUUAGGAGUGAUCUUGUUUCCACUUCCUCUUAAACAAAGAACCUCUAAAACCAUGAUCAACAAAAUUUGGUUUUCCUUUUCAUAUAUUGGAUUCCUCAGAGUGCUUUGAAAGCAGACGUUAUAUAGAAUAGUUUUUUGCCAAACAGCACAGCGGGAUGAAACAAAGCUGUGAGCUGAACACAGCUGGGAACUGAAAACAACUGCACUGAUAUCAAAAAUUAAACAUAUAGAGCUUUAUCACCACACUAUUUUUUAUUUCCCCAUAAGGAUCUUAAUUAAGAAUUGUGUAUUUUCAACUCUGGAGUAAAAAGUUAUCCAUCAAAACCCACAUUACAGUAUAUUUCUACUCUGUAUGUUUCAUUCUACUGAUAAUGUGUAUUAAAACUAAACUGCUACUUCACCCUCUUGCACAAGCAGGAAAUAAACUUGUUGGAUUUAAAUCAACUGUUUCUUUUCACAACAACUUUCCUGGAUAAACUUUUCAGAUUGCUUUUGUGCAUUGCAAUCUAUUAUAAAAGAGUUAUUAAUGAUCGAUUAUGUAAAAAAAAUGCUUUACUCAGUAUGAGAAUAGUCUGGUUUGAGCAUAAAUCAUCUGAUCCUUAUUAGUCUAAACAUACAACACACAAGUUUCCUGCUCAGAUUUAGUCUUUGAGGAAUAUGAACUUUAAAUACACCUCCUGUUUACUCUGAAAGUCUGUCAUGCAGACUCUGUUGACUGAUUGCAACAAUCAUUUUCAUUCAGAUGUUAUAGUAUUAAUAAUCAUGCUCUUUGCAUUCACAACAAAGAAUUACAAACUUACAUGUGUAUUUUUUAUUCCCUACUUUUGCAGCUUUCAGCGGAAGGUAAAGGCGUAGCUUCUAUAGCUAACAUGCUAACCAUUACCAGGAUCCACAACAGCAUCUCUGCAGCAUCUGGAAUGAGAAGGCAGGAAAUCCUUCACACUACUGUACACCAUCUGUAUAAAUGUUUUCUUUAUGCUAAAUGCUGCGUAAUCUGAUUUUGAUUCGAUCUUUGUAUGAUCACAGGGUGGUUCAGUUAGCCCGUGACUACGCUACUCGCCGCACUGCUUUUGGAAAGCUUCUUAAAGACCACCCACUGCACAUGCAGACUCUUGCGAGGAUGGAGGUAAGCUCACAGGAGAAAAAAACUACCAGUUCACUAUUGUGUCUCCCAUUAUGCUUCACCAAUACUUGCCUUCAACCUGGCCAGGUGGAGACUCGCGGAGCCUUUCUGCUGGUGAUGGAUGUCUGUCGCCUGCUGGGCAAAGAGGAGUGCGGCUUGGCGAGCCAGUUAGAUACACAUCUGCUCCGUUUGCUCACUCCUGUUGUCAAACUGUACACUGGGAAGCAGGUGCGUGGCUCGUGCAUUUGAUAAACUUUUAUCUUACUGUUGUGGUGAGGAGCCUUACUCUGUUUGUUCUGUUAUUUUGAAGGCUGUGGCUGUGGUGUCAGAGGGUUUGGAAAGUUUUGGAGGACAGGGUUACAUCGAGGAUACAGGGCUGCCUGCAAUGCUUCGUGAUGUACAGGUGAGAUGAAUGCAUGCAACACUCAUUAAAAAGGCCCUUUUAUUUUGAAGCUAACCUGUCUCUUUUACUGUCAGGUUUUAAGUAUAUGGGAAGGUACCACAAAUAUUCUGUCUCUGGAUGUGCUGCGCUGUGUGGCUCGCAGCUCAGGAAUGGUUCUCCAUGCUUACUUUAGCCAUACCAAGGUACAGAUUUAGAAAUGGUCCUGUUCAACAUGUUCAGUAACUUCCUUGGUAUACAGGUGAACAGGAAUAUUGAUGUUAUUGUUUCCUGCUUUGAAGUCCCUGCUCUCAGGUGCAUCUAGUGUUUCCUCAUUGGCCCCGGCAGUAAAAGCAGUGGAGGCUGCUCUGUCUGAACUGAAGGACUUUGUUCAGGUAGCAGCCACCAGACCACCUGGCUACCUGGAGCUAGCAGCCAGAGACCUGGCGUUCAGCUUGGCUCGCAUCUACACAGGCAAGAAACAUGAUGUUCAUGCACUCCCCUCACUUCAGUUAUACAGAGCUGCACUCCUGGAAAUGGUUAAACUCUUGACUCACUCUAGAAAAAUAAAAGAGAGUUAACUUCUCUUCUUAAUCCACACAAUUUCUUUUCAUAACUAGGGGUAUACAUUACACAUGAUACAACUUGACCACCAGGUGUGCAAUUUUUAUAGCCUGAGAGUUAAUCAGCCUCGCAGAAUUUUCUUUAAAGUUUGUGACAACAUUUUCCAUAGAGAAGGCUCCCCGAAGCCUGUAAACUUGCUGUCAUGUGUAUAAUAGAUGAACUGUCUGUCCACAGGUGCUCUUCUCAUUGACCAUGCAUGUUGGAAAGAGGCCUCUCCGUCUGACACUUAUGCAGCUCUAAGGUGAGAAAAAAUAAAUUGUGAUGAAUCUAGUUUUAGAGAAAAAAAAUCUGUAAUUUUGCAGUAAUCAUGUUUGUUCUUUAUUAGAUGGUGUGAGCAGGCCCUGUGCCCUGUAGGGACUAAAGAGAAGAGAGGCUGCUAUGAUCCAAACACUCCACCACUCGAUGCUGCACUGGUGUAUGAGCGACUAGCCCAGGACUGACAGAAAAAUCUGUGAUUAAUCCAUGACUCAAUCUGCCAUUAAUGUGCCUUACUUCAAUAAUGUCAGAUCAUUUUACUGGAUACUACUCAUUGUUUUACUUUAUAUAAGACUGCGAUCAUGUUUAAGGAACAAUUGAGACCCACUUGUAAACACAGCAAAAAGAUGCGAAAAAAGGAGUUUUUAAAAAGUGUAUUUCUCUCUAUAAGGCUAGUAUAUUUUAUCUGAUUAGAUAGAACUUAAUAAAUCCUUCUGGGAAGGUUUCCUGAAGGAAAUUAAACUGUGAUUUGUUAUUGCUGUUGCAUGAUGUAUAUUUUUGUCCAUAAUAAAUAAACACUGAGCCAUAAUGUCACAA